AUGAACGGCGUCCGUAGGUUCCUCGGUGCUGCAACUUCUUCUUCCCAGUCACCGCCUCAAGAGCCCCAGACGCCGCCCCAGCAGUCCGCUGCACCCCUCUUCUCCCCCAAGGUCGCGACAGCGACGGCGAGCCCGACUUCCAAUCCCAACUGGUCCCCGUCGCACAGUGGAGGUCUCUCCUUCUCGAGCAGCCCCAAAUCGACAGCUGCCCUGUUCCUCAAAAAGGACAGGCCGAAACCACCAAUACCCAAUGGCGACAACGUCAGUCUUCAUAACAGGUCGGACAGCUUCACCAGGUCAUCUGGGUACGCAAGAUCGCCAUCGCCCAUGGGUGGGACCGGACCCAACUCACCGUCAUCCAUGACCUCCUCGCCACGUCGGGUGCCUGUUCCCAGUGAACAUACCCUCAGCAGAGCCUCGACAUCGGCUAGUUCAUCUCAAUGGAACCCGAAACGAGCUUCCGGACCUCUCAAUACAAGGGAUGAGCUUCUUAUGAGUCUUAUGGCAAGCGAGGCUGUUGUAGACUCGCGGGAAUACCAGAUCCUGGGCACAGAGGAAGUAGAGGAACUCAAAAAGGAACAUGCUGUGCUAUCUUCCAGAGUCGUUGCCAUGACCAAAAAAUUAGCGCUCGAGACCAAAAUUCGUGAUGCAGCCGUCUCACUUUCCAAAGUCAACUCGGCACACAAAAAGGUUUCGAAGCAGACCGAGGAACAACUCGAAGCAGCCAACCGUCGCGUCGACACAGCCCAACGAGAGCUAUGGCGUGUAUCCGAACGAGCAAACGAUGUGCAGAAACGGCUACUCGAACAUCGCGCAGCGGUACUCAGUUUCUCCGUCCGGAACAUGGAGAAGAAGAUGUCACCAUCCAUCGGGAGCGAAGACUCAGGGUACGACUCGUCCAACCGCAGUACGCUCAUGAGCCCUGCAACCGCCAUAUCCUCUGUUUCGUCAUCAUCCAAACAGUCUAGGUUUGAUGGUGCCCACCUCUUUGCCGGCCAUGCGGACGCCAUCGUUCCAAAACGUAAGCUCUCCCCCGAGGAGGCUUCGAAGGAGAUAUCCGCCCUUGAAGACAAACUCAAACGCGCCACCGAGCAGCUCGCCCAGGCUUCCAAAGUCCAAGGCGAAAUGAAGAAGGAACUUUCGCAUCUUCAAUUGGAGAAGGAGGAGGUGGAGACGAUGAUGCGACUGGAACUUCAAACGGCGGAGGAUACCAUCUCGGCACUGGAGGCGGAACUUCCGAGACUCGAAGGUCUUGACCAGGAGAUCAAGACGCUGAAGCAGGAGAAGAUCUCAUGGGAGGAGGAAAGGCGACAAUUGGAAGAGCAGGCGAGGGAGGCACAAAUGCUGAGGGAGCGGGUGCAGGAGCUCGAAUCAAGAGCAGUUGAAGCCUCUGGUGGCUCAGAGAAAGUCCUGACAGAUCUGCGAGAAGCUCAUCAACGCGAGCUCGCCGAAAAAGAUGCUUACAUCAAGGAGCUCAAGGAUGAAUGGAACGAGGAGCGCGAAGGUUGGAAUCAGGAACGCUCCGCUAUGGAGGACGAGAAGAUGGAUGACCUCUCCCGCCUUCACGAAGAGAUGGACCGUCUACGCGAAGCUGACGAGCAAGUUCUGCAACAAGCGAACAACGAACUCAACACCACUCUCAACUCGCUGCGGAGCGUUGUCGAGCAAUUCAACAUCCGAAUUCCAGCCCGAAACUCUGCUACAUCCGCUAUGCAAAGCCUCAUUAUUGCGAUCACGAUGCACCUGGAGGAAAUGGAUCGGGCGACUGUGAGCAGACAGCAGUUUGAGGCUGAGAUGCGCGCGGCUAGGGAGAAGGAAGAGUCGAUGGUUAAGGAGCUGGAGCAGGUCAAGAAGGAGAAGGAGUCCUUCAAGCGCGACACGAUGGCUUCUUCACGGACAAUGUCCAUGUCGAGCGACGUUUUCCGUCCACCCCCAUUGCCCGUCGGGCCUGUCGUCACCCCCGAAACAACCGAGUACGGACCCGAUGUCGAAGGUGCGAAGUUCAUCGAAGCUUUGCAGCCGCUAUGGGCCGUCCUUCCUUCACCCGAAGCCAGAGCGUCGAAGUUUGGAUCUACUUCUCGAUACCGCGUUGGCUCGCCUUCCAUCCCCAGCGCAUCUCUGCCUGGCGCCAGCGGCGCCAAUCCCAACGGCAACACUGCCAUCACCUCCGGUCCUCCAGCAUCGCUCUCCGACCUGGACGUUCGCUCCCUCAAAGCGCUUUACGACCCUCGCAACAGAGCCAAAAACGAGCCCAACAAUGGUGCUUUCACCUUGGAAGGCUUCAUCGUUCGCGUGCAGGCCCUCAUUGCUGACGAUCGCGCUUUGAUCGAGCGCCUCAUCCGGUUCGCCCAAGCGCAUGACCUGUUGAAGAAGAAUGCCGAGAGGGCGCAGAAGCUUGCUCAAGACGGAAAUGCGGCGCUCGAGACGUAUCAAAAGCAAGUCAAGCAGCUCGAGGCAAGAAAUCAGAAUUUGCUCGAGAAGUUGGGCGUUAUGCAAGCGGAAAUUCAAUACCUCAACGAAAAUGCCGAGCGCAUCACGGCAGAGAAACACCAAGUCGAAGCACAUGCAGCAGACCAAGCCGAGGAAAUCGCCCAACUCAAUGAAGCCAACAACAAACUCUCCGCCCGAGCCCUCACGCUCGCUGAGGAAGCGGCCAACGCGCCCGAGCCCAUUCGCAAACAACUGGAUGAAUGUAGGCGGCAGUUGGAGGAGAGCAAGAGGCAGCUGGAGGAUAUGAAGAGGCAGCUGAGUGAAAAGACGAAGGAGUGUGAGAACGCGCAGGAAGAGGUUGAGGCGAUGAGGACUGCGGAACAAGGGCAGAGGAUUGCACUUCUGGAUGAGCUGAACAGUGUGCAGACAGAGAACGGUCAGCUGAGGGCACAACUUCGGGCGGCCAAAGCUGGUCGGUAG